UACUCCGAACGCUAGAAGGCAGUAACAACGUACUUUGCUGCAGAAAAAGUCACACAGACAAGAUGUUUUCGGUGCUAAAGUACGUGUUUACCCCUUUCGCAAGAAACACUUUUGCAAAAAUGCACUACACUUCGGGGGUCAGCAUUAGGCUUUUGCCCAGUUAUAAGUGCUCUUUUGAAGACCCAGUGCACACGACCGUGAGUGGCUUAAAACCCCAACAACGCGUGGAUCUGCGCUCUAAAAUCACUGAUGAAACGGGACGUGUUUUCCAAGCUUCUGCCGUCUACAAAGCAGACGAUAGUGGUCAAGUUGACCUCAGCCGCGACCCUUCUCUUGGUGGCAGCUUUACGGGAGUUGAACCAAUGGGCUUAUUCUGGGCACUGAAAGCAGACGUUGACUGCAAGUUUAUACACACAGACGUGACGCGUCCUGCUCUCGUUGACAUUGAGGUCGUCAGAGACGAUAAAGUCGUGGCCAAAGUGACAAACGAAAGACACUGCUUGACCGAUGAUGUCCGGAGAAUCCCUGUAAAAGAAGGCAGGAUCAGAGGAACUCUGUUUAUGCCACCUGGUAAAGGACCAUUUCCUGGAAUUUUGGAUACAAAUGUAUUUAGAGGAGGUCCUUUUGAGUUGAGGGCAGCUCUGUUGGCAAAGAGAAACUUUGCUGUUUUAGCCUUGGCUUUCCAAGGUUACCAAGAUUUACCCAAAAGAGCUGACAGAUUUCACCUGGAGUACUUUGAAGAAGGUAUAGAUUUCCUACGUCAACAACCAGAGGUCAAAGAUCAAAAAAUUGGCCUAGUGUCCAUAUCAAAGAGUGGAGAUCUCGCUUUGGCGAUGGCAACGUUCCUGCCUGGUAUAUCAGCUACUGUUUGGAUCAAUGGAUGCAAUGCCAAUACUUUGGUUCCCAUCUACUACAAGGACAUCUGUGUUCCACCCCUCAUGUUCGAUGUUAAGAGAACAAAAAUGACACCAUCGGGCUUUGUGGAUAUUGGGGAUGUUAUGAAUGACCCGAUGUCAGAAGAAGGCCUUCCUAGCGUUAUUCCCAUUGAACGUGCCUCUGGUAAUUUCAUGUUUAUAAUGUCAGAAGCUGACAGGAAUUGGCAAAGUGCCUAUUAUGCAAAACUAGCAUGUGACAGACUCGAAACACAUGGGAAAAAUAAUUACGAAUUGGUGAGGUAUGAAAAAGCGGGUCACUUUAUUGAGGUGCCCUAUAUGCCCUUUUGUCUUGCUAAUUUUCAUGGUGUAGCUAACCAAGUGGUUUAUUUUGGCGGGGAACCUAAGGCUCAUUCAGAGGCACAGCUGGAUGCGUGGAAGAGGAUUUUGAAUUUCUUCAAGAAACACUUAGAAGCUACUAAUCACAACUGCAAAUCUAUGCUGUAAAAAGGGCAUGUACAGUCAUGGCCAAAAAUAUCGGAACCAUUGGUAAAUAUGAUCAAAGAAGGCAAGGAAAGUUUAUUUGUAUAGCACAUUUCAUACACAGUGGUAAUUCAAAGUGCUUUACAUAAAAGGAAGUGAAAUAGUCAUUAAAAAUAAUAAUAAUAACAAGGAAUUAAAAAUAAUAAUAAUCACAACAAUAAAAAUAAAGUGAUUUAAAAAUUGAUUUAAAAAGAAUUUAAAACAUUUAAGAAUAGAAAAUGAUUAUACAUAGUGCAAUCAGUUCGGACGUAGCACAGUGCUCAUUCAAUAAAUGCACAGCUAAACAGAUGAGUUUUGAGUCUGGAUUUAAAUGUGGCUAAUGUUUUAGCACAUCUGAUCUCUUCUGGAAGCUGGUUCCAACUGCGGGCGGCAUAAUAGCUAAAAGCGGAUUCCCCUUGUUUUGUGUAAACCCUUGGUAUUUCUAACUGACACGAUCCUAAUGAUCUGAGUGGUCUGUUAGGUUUAUAUUCAGUGAGCAUAUCUCCAAUGUAUUUAGGUCCUUGAGAGAUUUAUAAACGAGUAAAAGUACUUUAAAAUCAAUCCUAAAUGUAACUGGAAGCCAGUGUAAGCACCUGAGGACUGGUGUGAUAUGCUCAGAUUUUCUGGUUCUAGUCAGAAUCCUGGCAGCAGCGUUCUGGAUGAGCUGCAGCUGUCUAAUGGUCUUCUUUGGAAGGCCGGUGAGGAGACCAUUACAAUAAUCCACCCUGCUGGUGAUAAAGGCAUGAACAAGUUUCUCUAAGUCUUGACUGGAAACAAAACAUCUAAUUCUUGCAAUGUUUUUGAGAUGAUAGUAUGCUGAUUUAGUUACUGCUUUGACAUGACUACUAAAACUAAGGUCUGUCUCCAGAAACACCCCAAGAUUUUUGACUUGGUUUUUAUUGACCCCUAGAGUCAAGGUAUGCAUUCACCUUGAGAACUUCAUCUUUGUUUCCAAAUGCAAUGACUUCAGUUUUCUCCUUGUUUAACUGAAGAAAGUUCUGGCACAUCCAACAGUUUAUUUCAUCAAUGCAUUGGCAGAGGGAGUCAAUGGGGCUAUAGUCAUUUAGAGAUAAGGCUAGGUAAAUCUGGGUAUCAUCAGCAUAGCUGUGAUAGGCAAUUUGGUUCUUUCUCAUUAUUUGACUUAUUGGGAGCAUAUACAGGUGCAUCUCAAUAAAUUAGAAUGUUGUGGAAAAGUUCAUUUUUUCUUGCAAGUUAUUUCAAAAAGUGAAACUUUCAUAUAUUUUAGAUUCAUUGCAUGUAAAGUAAAACAUUUCAAAAGUUUUUUUUGUUUUAUUUUUGAUGAUUAGAGCUUACAGCACUGAUAUUUUGCCAGAAUCAGAAUUGAAGUGAAUAUCAUUUAUUAUCUUAAUGAGCGCGGUCUCUGUGCUAUGAUGUGCUAUGAUGUGCUCAGAAACCAGAUUGAAAAUUGUCCAGGUAUCCAUUUGAGUUUAAGUAUUUGUUCAGCCGAUUAAAAACUACCUUUUCAAUAAUCUUACCUAUGAAAGGAAGAUUUGAUAUUGGUCUAUAGUUGUUCAACAUGGUGUUAUCAAGAUUGCGUUUUUUCAGAAGGGGCUUAACAACUGCAGUUUUCAGGGAGUUUGGAAAAGUCCCAGAAAGAAGUGAGGCGUUCACCACUUCUAAGAGAUCUGCUUCUAAACAGUUAAGCACACUUUUGAAAAAAGAUGUGGGAAGUGUGUCAAGAUAGCAUGUUGACGAUGUAAGGUGCUGUACUAUUUCUUUCAAAAUUUUGCUAUCAAUUGCUUCAAAAACAGACAUAGUCACUUCUUUUUGAAAUUGCGGUCAAAUCUGUGUGACCUCUGACGGUUUGUCAGUCUCUCCACAGUAGCAAAAAGAGUGCGAGUGUUGUUUAAGUCACUGUUUAUAAGGUUUGAGAAGAAGGUUUGUCUAACUGUGGCUAGUUCCACAUUGAAAGCAUGAAGGCUGUCUUUAUAGAUGCUAUAGUGAAUUUCAAGUUUUGUCUUCCGCCACAUCCGCUCAGCUUUUCUGCAUUGUCUUUUCAUACUCUGAACUGCUGUUGAUUUUCUCCAUGGUGAUUUUUGUCUGCCAUUCUUCUUGCAGACCCUUGUCGGAGCAAUAUCAUCAAUAACAUUCUUAACUUUUGAGUUAAAACAAUCCAGGAGAAGAUCAACAGAGUCUGCAGAAAUGCUUGGUGUUAAAGAUAUAGCCUUCAUAAAUAGCGCACUAGUGUUCUCGUUAAUGCAUCUCUUUCUGACAGAGACAGAUCUAGAUUCAGUGGUAACAGAGAUCAAUAUAUCAAAGAAAAUACAGAAGUGAUCAGAUAGUGCUUAAUAACAAUGGAUGAAAUGUUUAGACCUCUACUGAUGAGUAAAUCUAAAGUGUGUCCACGAUUGUGUGUGGAGUGCACCCUGGAGUGCUCAAAAUUAUGAAUAUGAAUGGGAAUAUACUUCAGAGAUAUUUUACUCAUAAAAAUUUCUAGGGGUGCCAGUAAUUGUGUCCAACGUGUAUUUUAAAUUCAUUAUUAUCCAAUGAAAGGUUUGUGAAUUUUUUUAAAUAAAAUAUCAAAAGGAUUAACAAUGCAGCCUAAUUUUCACCGCCUUUGAUCAUAUUUACCAAGGGUGCCGAUAUUUUUGGCCAUGACUGUACAUUCAUAGCAUAGUCAUGAUAUUCCAUUAAUGUUGACUUGAAUUACUGUAAUUUCUAACGUAGUUAUCAAAAAGAUCAAAUUGAACGAAGCACAUGUAUGAUUUGCUUCAUAAUCCUAUGUUUAUAUCAUACAGAGUAUGGAGAAGUUGUUUGUAAAAUCAAACUCAUUUGGAUAAAUGUUAUCAAACAUUACCGUGAGUUUGGGGUUAGUAAGAUUAUUUUCUUUCAUUAAUAUUGUGAAAUAUUAUUACAAUUUAAAAUAACUCUUUUCUAUUAGAAUGUGUUUUAAAAUGUUAUAUUCUUGUUGUGCCAAUGCUCAAUUAAUAAAGUAGAAUUCUUUAAUGCCACUAUUAAUUUAAAGCAUCCUUGCUAAAUAAAAAUUCAUUUCUUAAAAAAAAAAAUAUAUAUAUAUAUAUAUAUUUUGAAUGGUAGUGCACUUUCACUGCUUAGCCACAUUUUUGCAAUAUAACUGAACACUGAUUUUAAGCUAAUCAAACGCAUUAAUAGUGGUGAUAAUACUUUACUUACUGUGUAUUUGCAUUCCUGUUGUAUUCUCUCUGUAUUUCUACAGUACAUCUGUUUUAUUGUACAGCCUCUGGUGUCUUCAUUUAAAAUAAGCCUCGAUGACACCUUCAGCCUUAGUAGAGGGGAAAUACAGGCAGUUUUUCUCCCGAAUCUUUUCUUUCUUGCAGAAUAUUUAUGUUUAGAUAAACAUUCCAUCAAGGUGCAGACACUGUGAAGGAGAAGUGCAACUAUGGGCAUUGCUUACAAGUGAGUUACUGUAUGUACCUUAGACUUUUAUGUUUUACCCGUAACUUCCAAUAAAAUACAACUAAAUAUCUUAA